UUGCGACUACAGCAUGCGGACCAAGCGAUAAGUCUUAGAAGUUAUCGCUAUCGUUGUUGAGCAAGUAUUUCGGCAAAUUCAUUCACUGGAAAUUAUACAACAAGAAACCGCAGAAGAGCAGCUGUUCAUUAAUAGAAAAAAAAACUGACCACGUCGACAGUCAACAAAAUACAAUUACCAUGAGCAAAGUGACAUUUAAGAUUACCCUCACGUCGGAUCCAAAGCUGCCUUUCAAGGUAUUGAGUGUGCCAGAGGGAACACCCUUUACCGCUGUGCUAAAGUUUGCUUCGGAGGAGUUCAAAGUGCCUGCUGAGACAACCGCCAUUAUUACAGACGACGGCAUUGGCAUUAGUCCACAACAAACGGCAGGCAAUGUGUUCCUCAAGCAUGGCUCUGAGCUGAGACUUAUACCCAGAGACCGUGUGGGUCAUCACUAACCUCAACGCUAGGCUUACUUUAUAUGCAAUUUUUUAUAUACAUAAAUAGACACUGAGAUUGUA